AUGAGUUUCAUUCGCAUCUUGCUUGAUCUCCAGGCCUUCGUUCACUGGCCAUCAUGCCUUCAACGCCGUCCCUCGUUUUUUCUUUGCUUGGCAGUGCUGGGUUCCGUAGCCGGGACGGUUGUCGGUAACGGCUACAUUCGCCAGGUCGUUUCACCUGUCAAUGUAAGUUCCACACGUCACGUCAAAAGACAGGAUACAGAGACCCUUGCGAAUCAAUUGACUGGGACGAUCUAUACUCUUGACCUCGAUAUUGGAACAACGCCUCAGGAGGUCACUGUCAUGAUCGACUCUGCAAGCUCUGAGCUCCGGGUUAACCCAACAUUUGCCAAUUCUGAUAACGCCAACAGUGUCGCCUUCUGCAACAAGCUUCCUCGAUUCGACCCCAGCAAGAGCACAUCUCUUUCAGACACUGCAAUGUCAAACACUUUGAAUUAUGGCAAAGCAUCAGUAAACAUUGAAUAUUUGAAGGAUUUCGUGACUGCUGGUGGAUUCAAGACCAGCAAUUCGGUAGAUAUUUAUGUUGGUAUUCUCGGUGUUGGGCCGCGCCUUGGAGCUUCUCAACAAUCUUAUCCGUGUAUUCUUGACAGCUUGAAAUCGCAGAACUUUAUUCAGAGUCAGGCAUUCACCCUUAAUUUGCGCAGCGCUGAUUCGGCAGUUAGCUCUGUCAUUUUUGGAGGUAUUGACAAGGGCAAAUAUUGUGGGAAUCUAGAGAAGGUCGCAAUCAUAGACCUUUCUGCAACCAAGGACGACCGGUGCUGGGUUGGGCUGAAGUCGUUUAGCACGACCAAAGUUGAUGGAAUCACUCAAACUUUCUACACUGGCACCCCGUUGGCAGUGUUUCUCGACAGUGGUAAUACCUUCAGUUACUUACCGACUGGUAUCUACAAUGCCAUUGGAAAGUCAUUUCCUUCUUCACUACUUGACCCAGGAGGCUCAUGGUUGUACAUAGUUGAUUGCCAGGAUGCGAUUUUGAAUGCCAGCAUUGACUUUGGCUUUGGCAACAGUAUCAUCCGAGUUUGGUACAAAAACUUCAUAUGGACUAUCCCCAACUGA